AACGCCGCACCAUGUCCGAGCUGAGCAAAUGCUUUUACGAGGUCACCGCCGGCCGGACCUGCCGUGACCUUUGCCACCCUGAGUACGCCUCGUGCUGGAUUUCGUUCGUCGAAAGUGUCCGACGGCUGGUGCCCGGCAGCUACAAACUGUUCAUGCCGUUGCUGGUGAUACCGCCCCUGUUGAAGGGCGGUGGAUAUUCAUGGCAAUACUGGUGGGAUGAACUGAAGAGUUACAAUGAUCUAUCCUUCAAAACGUAUGCCAUCGGGAUCGUGGGUCUAACACUGCAGUGUGUGUUUUACAAAUUAUUUGGCAAACUACACUUCUUUUGGGUGAUGGCAAUGCCAGGAUUUUUCAGUGCAGCCUUUGUCGGUCUUAGGCUGUCCAAGGCACAUCUCAGGUUGCAAGGAAUUACCUACUUCAACAUGAUGCUUCAGGUCGUGCUAACCAAAAGCAAACUCCGGCUGGUGGAAGUGCUACGCGAGUCGAAGCUCUGCGGAACGUUACUUUUCAUGAUAUUUAACGCGAGAAUCAUGGAUUUGCUGCAGAACGGAAACAUUAAACACUUCUGGAUGAUGUAUCCCACUAAAAUAAAAGACGCACAAGAGAAUUCCGUGGACACGAGCAAAAUACUGGGCCUGAUCACUCCUUGUGAUCGUAAGGUUUGUUCCCAUGAAAAGUCGUGCGAUGCGUUCAUAUUGGAUGGAAUCCUCAAGUACGCUCUCACCGGUUUCAUAAUCGACUACGUUCGGGCAAUUUUCUCGAUGAUACCCUUGUUGUAUAAGGAUUCGUCCAGAUUUUUGCCAGCCGUUUGGAGGAGAUUCAGCUUCGAUUUGAUGCUCUUCCUGGCAACCUAUAUUGGCAGCUAUCGUUUGCUAUGCUGUGUCCUUAGUCGCCACAGUGGCAAAGAAAGCCCCCUCAACAACAAGAUCGCAUCGUUCCUCUGCGGGAUGUCCUACAUGAUUUACCCUCGGUACCAGGUGUUUACAAUAGCCUUCACCAAGUUCGUUGAGAUGUCCUGGCAGCAUUUCUUCAAGACGACCCACGAUCUACCCUGGUGGGUUCUGAAGCUCGACCAGAUCCCCUACCUUCGGAUCGUACACAUGUUUGCCGUGGGGUACAUGUACCACACGUUGGUUUUCCAUGCGCACCUCUCGCCACCGUUCAACAGCAAAGCCAUCAACUUCUGCUCGGACAACCGGGUAGAGCGGCUGAAGCGGCGUCUGCUCAGCUGGAUGCUUGAGCACGAGUGGAAUAAGGCAUAA